GUUACUUGGGGUCCUUCCUCAGUCCUUCCUUCCCCUCCCACCACCCCCUCCCCAUACACAGAGAUAUGAAUAGAAAAACAAAUCAUCUAUAGCUGUGUUUGUGUGCAUACGAGUGUAUGUGUGUGUGUCACUAGAAAAAACAACAUACAGCAUCAAACAUGAAAAUCAGGUGUUGAUAAUUACAUGAAGAGUGGUCUUUACCAACAUUUACACAAACUUUGCGGCAUUUUAAUUCGACAUGAAGUGGCUGCGAUGUUUCACUUCACUCUGAGUGAAGAAUUAUUGUUAUUAUCCUUCCUGAUGGCGCUACUUCCACCUUGCAGGGAACGCCAGCUAUUUAUCGGCGGGAUCAAGACUGGCGUUGCAGCUGCUGCCUUGACAGAGCGUCCCAGUUGAGAUGGAAGGGAGGAAACACGGCCACCAUGCGACACUCUGGCAAGACACGGCACUCCUGACGGCCACUCUUAGGAAACACUGCGACAUACUCAAGACUUCAGGAUAUAAAGUGUGGAGGAUACGCCUCUUCUCUCCUGGAUGGGUGGCGAUUACCGCGCUGGCCUUCUUUCUCACCUAUUUCUUUUUGCCCAGACCAGUGCACGUCAUCCAGCUGGAAUGGCCGUGGAGCACAGACGCGGUGGGGCUGGAUGGGGCGGCGUACGACGAGUCACUACUGGAGGCGGCUCUGCAGAACGGCCAAGAAAACUGGACGCAUCCCGCCGGCAGCCUUUCGUUCCCCGGCAACAGUCACGAUGCUUCCCAUCAUCCACACCGCUUUAAUUCAGUACAAUUUAAAUAUCCUGCCACGGAAAUCUUAAUCCUAGGCGAUACCAGGACUGCCUUCGCCACCAGGUUCAUCUUUUCCCGCAAGCGACUGAAUCUCGAAAGGAGACCCAAGGUGAACUUCAUCCCUGAACAGGUGCAGUGGCGUCACGACCCUGACCACCUGUGCCGCACCGCCGACCCGCCGCCCCUUGCCGUGGCUCUCGUGGUGUCCGCCGUGCCCCAUGACGGUCGCAGGACCUUCAUCAGGGACACCUGGGCCCGCGCUGCUUGGUACCCUCACACGCUCCUGAAGACGGUGUUCGUAGUGGGCGCCACCCAGGACGAGGCACAACAACAAAAGCUUGAUGAGGAAAUACGGACUCACGGGGACAUCAUCCAGUACAAUUUCAUCGAUAGUUACGCAAACCUGACAUACAAGACCCUCUCGCUGCUGUCUUGGGGCGUCACGCGGUGCUCCGAAGUUCAAUUCCUAGCAAAGAUUGAUGAUGACGUGCUUGUGAACCCCUUCCAUCUCAAAGUCUUCGUUCAGGACACCCUACAACACCCGCCAGCCCCCAAGGGCAUUCUACCAAACGACGAGCUCUUCCAGGCGCCUCCAAACACCAAUCCGGCAGUGAAGCACAUUUACGGUCGCUACGACGCCCAGCCCUACCCGCUCCGCACCACCAAAUGGGCUCUCUCUUUAGACGAGUACCCCGAGAAGGUCUUUCCCCCAUUCGUGCACGGGCCGGCGUACCUGGUGGGCAUGGCAGCGGCUCGGGAGUUGUUACGCGUGGCUCCUUACGUCCCGCUGGUUAAGUUAGAGGACGUGUACACGACCGGGCUGGUGGCGCACGCCGCUGGCUUGAGGCACGUGCAGAUUUUUGGGCAUGUGAGCACUUUCAAGACAGGGCUGAAUCUCUAUAGUGGCACUCAAGCCAUUCUGGAGGAGACUGGGCCGAAGGGAAGGGAGGCGGCGUGGGAGGAGAUUUUAAAAUUUGCUCCAAAGGUAUAGCGUCUUUUGUGUGUGUGUGUGUGUGUGUGUGUGUGUGUGUGUGUGUGUGUGUGUGUGUGUGUGUGUAAUUUACCUCGGUCGCCUACUGGUCACCCAGCCAGUCUUUUCAUUACGGAGCGAGCU